AUGGUGCUUCUGGAAAGCGAGCAGUUCCUGUGGGAGCUGACCAGGCUUUUCCAGAAGUGCCGGGUGUCGGGCAGCGUCUUCAUCACCCUGAAGAAGUAUGAUGGUCGAACUAAACCUAUUCCAAGGAAGGGCUCGGUGGAGGGGUUUGAGCCCUCUGACAACAAGUGUCUGUUAGCUACUGAUGGGAAAAAGAAGAUCAGCACUGUGGUGAGCUCCAAAGAAGUGAGUAAGUUUCAGAUGGCUUGUUCAAACCUAUUGAGAGUUAACAUGGACGGUCUGAAGAAGAGGGACAAAAAGAGCAAGAGUAAGAAGAGCAAAGCAGCACAGUGAUGGACACCCGAUUUCCAGCUUUCACCAAUUAACCACUGAAUUGCUGUUUUUCCUUUUGGCCACAAGGCUAGAUAUUUGGUUCCCCUAAAAUAACUGUCCUUAUGUGAGAUAAGAGUUAUUCUGGAUGAGAGAAGGGCUUCUGUGUUUACAGGGUAGUUGUAAGACGCCAGUUUGUUUUAGAUGGCUAACUGAUCUCUGUUGCAUGGCUGUAAAUUCCUGGAUGAUAGUUUAAAGUCUCUGUAGCCAUCUGUGCGAAGAGCAAUGUAUCAUCAUUAAAC